AUGUCAACUCCACUCCUUACCUUCUUUCUUUUUUGAGCUGUGGAAAUGCUAGCCAAAUUGUAUAUGUUUAUCAUUCUAUGCAGGAUCUGCUGUUAUCUCUAGAUGACAAUGCAUUACACGGUUUGCUGCACGCUAAGAAUGGAUUUCAUUAUUUGCUCACAAGUGGAGAUCAAAAGCUUUUAUCAAAAGCUUUUUCUAUCACAAUAUCACACCCCGGGAAAGGGCAUUCUCGGCAUGACUAGAUGAUUAACAUUUUUCAUCAAAUGGUCGUUACUCAGGCGCGACCUUGUGUGGAUAAUGCCCGUGAUCUUCAUCAGAUAUUCUAUACAGCAGCCUGUGAACUUGUCUGUUAUUUACUCGUAGCAUGAAUUAUGGAGAAUAAUAACAUGGAGUCUGGUCAGAAACCUUGGAGGACAUACAAGUUUGUUAAGCUUUUACUUCAACAAGACUUUUUUAUUUACAAAAGCUUCUGCUUCUUCAUCUACGGUGCAUUCGGGGCACUAUACCCAUAUCUUCCGCUGUAUUUGAAGUUAUUCAAGUUAUCAAGCUUUCAAGCGGGAACUGCGAUUGGAAUAAGGCCUCUUAUUCAAAUAUUUGGUGCUCCGUUCUGGAUGACGAUUGGAGAAUGGUUUCGAAAGAAAAAGUUCAUUUUGCUACUAGGAAUUUUUUCUUGGCUUUUGAAAGGUCUUGUUAUUAUGUUAAUUUGGCCAAAAAAGCAAAUGUGUAUCGAGGCGUUGUAUAGCCCGACAUCGAAUAUAACAACAUUUCGUCGCACAAAUCUUUGGAAGCUGGAUGAGUACGAAAGCAAGUUUCUUUCUUACAUAGGCCCUCCUCUCAAUCCAAACUAUAAUCUUCCAAAAAAUCAGGAUGAAGAAAGUGUGUUUGCUGCUGAUGCCGGUGAAAUUUUUUUAUAUAAGCCGCUCAUUGAGUUUUUGGUAUUACCCGCUCAGGAUACCAAAUUCCGCGCAAAUCCUGCGCUCUCGAACGAAGAGAACAAAAUCCAGACUCAAUACUUGAAAUGGGUUAAAACAGAAGAAUCUAUACCAGUAAUAACCUCCGUCAAACAGAGGUACAGUAGGAAAUACAAUGCCGAUGUUACGUUCAUCACCCUGGUGAGUCAAGUGGAGAUUCAAAGCUUAUUCAUAAUCAUACUUCUUGUAAUAAUCGUCGGAGAGUUUAUGGAAUCACCGACUUUCGCUUUAUCAGACUCCUCCAUGCUGCAUCUGCUAGGUGAAAACAGGGGCCGUUAUGGGCAGAUCAGAUUGUGGGGUGCCGUGGGAUGGGCCUUCUCUACAACACUCGUCGGCUACCUCAUCUACCGCGGCCGGUUCCUGCUUUGUGGAGUCACGACAGGCUACUAUAGAGUUUCCUUCUACGUUUAUAUUGGUUUCGUUUGCCAUGCCUUCCUUUCGGCGUGCGGGUUCAAGUUCAACAAGACCAAAACAGGGGAAGGGCCGGAGCUUUUUCGCGCCUUAUCUGCACUCGCCUCCGUCAAGCACGCUUCCUUCCUUGUAGCUGUAUUCUACACUGGUGCAUGCAAUGGCUUCUUGUUCCACUUCGUGAAUUGGUACAUAGAUGAUCGUAAGGGUAGCUCAUUGAUUAUGGGUGUGGCCGGCGCCACUCGUGAAAUAGGUGAAUUCACCUUUUUUUUCCUGGGAGACACGAUUGUUGGGUUGCUUGGUAAUGUGCAUACCAUGGGGAUCUGCCUGCUGCUGUACUCCGCCUGUUUCUACAUGUACUCCGUCAUAUCGUCUCCGUGGCUGGCGGUGCCUCUGGAGUGUCUGGAUGGGGCUAUCUACAGUCUUGUGUGGUCAAACUGCGUGCAUUAUAUGAGUCAGAUUGGAAGUAAUAUUGGAUUGGUCGCAACGAUGCAAGGCAUUCUCCAAGCAGUCUUCUACGGUCUUGGAAACGGCAGUGGAACAAUUGCUGGAGGCUUUUUAUACCACUACGUUGGCGCAGCAACAACCUUUCAUUACCUCGCGGCCGGGAGUCUGGUAACUCUUGGUUUGCUAUUGCUGCUUUAUCCGCUAGGUGACACGCGCACCACAGCAUCUUGGAAUGUUAAUACGCUGACCACCCCCCAAGUUCCGCCUCAGGGAGAGCAAUAAUCGAUGCUUUUAGGGGAGGCAUGGAGGUCUUUGUGUGUCACUCAAAACAGAACACUAAUUUAGCGCUUUAGUGUCAAUAUCGGUCAGCUUUGCUGGCCGCUCGAUUGACCACUAGACAAAGACAAAUGUUAGCGAACUACUUCAAAGCACCUCCCGGCACGGUGUGCAAACUAAACAAUAAAUGAAUUUUGAAGUAAGUUGCAAUUUUGGCCUGCAAUACAGGCGCUGUUUACACGGAGCUUACAUAGUAUUUACAGAAUACGAACAUCAUCACAUGGCAAAUGCUAGUCUUCAUUAGAAUGAUGGGUUCAUUGCUUCAUGCUAAAAAUCGCUCGAGUGUAGACAAACAUAUCGAAGAGCAAAAGAGUCAUUACGCGUAUAGAAUCGAAUUUGAAAUUCCGGGGGUGGGGUUUUUCAGUGUCAAUUUCUCGAGUGAAAAACAUUGUUUUUCACCAUACAAAUAUUGGGUUGGGCUGGUUGAAAAACUAUGUGGCGAAGGGGAGAGUUUAGUUUCUAGAAAUUGUAAUAGUUUGUAAUAUAGCAAUGGGAUGACUUAUCAACAAGUAACAAUACAUUUCAUGAAUGGGAUACAGAAAAGUAAAACUCUUUGAAUAAAGACUACUGUAUCGUA